AUGGCGGCCGUCGACGGUUACACGCUGGAUUCCUCCUUUGUCCAGCUUCCGGCGAGGGUUGUGGUUGCUCCGACGGGGAUUCUAAUUCCUCCGGUAGGGGAUCUGUUGGGUGACUGUGUCGGUGCUGUUGCUAGGCCUGGUAAUUGUAUGGGUGCUGAUGAUGGGCCGGAUUUGCAAGAACUGACACAAAGGGGUGCAAUUGAACAUAGUAUAAAAGUAUUUGAGUGGACGAAAAAGCAGAAGAACUACUAUGCACGAACUGAUAUCUACAAUAUGAUGAUAAGAUUACAUGCUAGACAUAAACGGACAGAUCAGGCUAGGGGGUUGUUCUUUGAAAUGCAAAAGUGGAGGUGCAAGCCUGAUGUUGACACAUACAAUGCUCUUAUCCAUGCACAUGUUCAAGUUGGUCAAUGGCGUUGGGCUUUGAAUAUCAUGGAAGACAUGCUCAGUGCAGCUAUCCCUCCAAGUCGAUCAACUUAUAACAACUUGAUAAACGCUUGUGGAUCUAGUGGAAACUGGAGAGAAGCUCUGAAGGUUUGCAAGAAAAUGACGGAAAAUGGAGUUGGACCAGAUCUGGUGACACAUAACAUUGUAUUGUCAGCAUAUAAGUAUUCAAAAGCUUUAUCUUAUUUUGAAUUGAUGAAAGGGACACAUAUUCGUCCUCAUACAACUACACUCAAUAUUGUGAUAAAUUGCCUAGUGAAGCUUGGACAAUAUGGAAAAGCUAUGGAUAUAUUUAAUUCCAUGAGAGCUGAGAGAGCAGAUUCCCGACCUGACAUCGUUACAUUCACUAGCAUCAUUCACCUAUAUUCUGUUUGCGGACAGAUAGAAAACUGUAAGGCUGUGUUCAGUGCAAUGCUUGCAGAAGGUAUACAACCCAAUAUUGUUUCAUAUAACACACUAAUGGCUGUAUAUGCUUCACAUGGAAUGAGUAAAGAGGCAGCUGCUGUUUUUGACCAGAUAAAACAAAAUGGAUUUCGUCCAGAUGUUGUUUCUUAUACUUCUUUACUUAAUGCUUAUGGAAGAUCGCAGCUACCUGAAAAAGCUAGAGAAAUUUUUGAUAUGAUGAAGAGAAACAAUUGUAAACCUAAUCUUGUAAGUUAUAAUGCAUUGAUUGAUGCCUAUGGAUCCAAUGGUUUAUUAGCUGAGGCUGUAGAAGUCUUGCGUCAAAUGGAGCAAGAUGGGAUUAAGCCAAACAUUGUCUCAAUUUGCACCCUUUUAGCCUGUGGGCGCUGUCGGCAGAAAGUGAAUAUUGAUACUGUACUGUCAGCUGAGCUGCGAUGUAUCAAACUGAAUACAGUUGCCUACAAUUCAGCAAUUGGAUGCUAUAUGAAUGUCUGAGAGUUUGAGAAGGCGAUAGCUUUGUACAAAUCCAUGAGGAAAAGGAAAGUCUUAGCAGAUUCUGUUACUUAUACAGUAUUAAUAAGUGGUUCCUAUAAACUGUCCAGAUAUAGUGAGGCACUUGGGUUUCUUGAUGACAUGGUUGGUUUAAAAAUUCCCUUAACGAAGGAGGUGUACUCAUCUCUUAUUUGCGUCUACAGUAAACAGGGCCAAGUUGCUGAAGCUGAAUCAAUGUUCAACAUGAUGAAGGUUUCUGAUUGUUGUCCUGAUGUUGUUGCAUAUACUGCGAUGCUGCAUGCUUGUAAUUCUGCAGAAAAUUGGGCAAAAGCUUCUGCAAUCUUCCUAGAGAUGGAAGAAAAUGGUAUCCAACCAGACUCUAUAGCAUGUUCUGCUCUAAUGCGAGCUUUUAACAAGGGAGGACAACCAUCCAAAGUUCUUGUUUUGGCAAAGUAUAUGAGAGAGAAAGCAAUUCCUUUAAAUGAUGCUGUUUUCUUUGAAAUGGUAUCAGCUUGUAGCAUGUAAGUUUCAUGUCUUU